ACUCAUCUCCAUAUAUAUAUAUAUAUAUACAUAUAAACUCAGUAUAUAAACACACCCAACACUGUGUGAGGUUCUUCCUGAAGAAGAGAUGAAGAUGCUGCACUGGUCUGUGAUUCUGCUCACGCUGUCCGGUGUUCUCACUCAGGACAGUAAAUAUGGUGUGAACUAUCCGGAUAAUCCGAUCUGUGCUGUGAGAGGAUUCAGUGUCUCCAUUCCCUGUAGUUAUUAUUAUCCAACAUCAAAUCCCAAUAUUCAGGUGACACAAAUGCUUUGGUGCUCAAUGAACUCAAACACAGAUAAGUGUAUAAACCCCCCGUAUGUUUAUAACAGCGCAUCAAUCACCACAUCAGACUUUGAGUACGCUGGAGACAACAAAUCAAACUGCACUUUGUUAAUCCACAAUGUACAGUUCAGUUAUUCUGGAGAGUACAAAUUCAGAUUUAUAACUGAUAAUCCCAGUGACAGACACACAGGUGAUCCUGGAGUGAUUCUACAAGUUGCAGAUUUAAAGGUGUCACUAAUCAGGCUCAGUGGAAACGGAACCCUUAAACAAGGAGACUCGUUAAAUCUGACGUGUGAUGUGAACUGCAUACAAAGUUCCUCACAGUUUGACCCGUUCUUCACUUUCCUGCUGUAA